GGCUGCUCUGUCUCUGCCGCUGAUUCUGCCGCUACUGCUGCUGCUGCUGGUGAUAGUGAAGCCUCUGCAGCGCUGCUGGGAUGUUUAUGUUCCCGCGACACAUGUGUCGGACCGUGAGCUAACAUCACUUUACACGAAUUGGAUACGGGAUGGAUGCGUUUGACGGAGGACAACAGAAGAAAACAUGACACUAGAUCGUUGCCGCUGAUCCCCGGGUGAUUCUCGUGGUGGGAUGCAGUCCUAGUUUGAGGCUGUAGUGGAUGCAGGACGGUGAGGAUGGGCGAGACAUAUCGAUGAACAUUUGGAGCCCACCGGUUUUCUGUGAACCAGAUCUUUUUGAAUGGGUUUUUCUGACUUCAGCUUGUUCGGGCUUCAACGGGACAUUCUAAUGUGGCGGUGUUUUGCCUGAACAAAUCGACUGGGCACUGUUGCUCCUCUGGGCUCCCUUCAUCAUACACUAAUAGUCUUUCAGGAUGGCUGAGCGGACCCUGGACCCAUCCGCUGUGAGUAUCCCGAUGGAGGAAACCAAGCUGCACAGUGGGGCUCCUCCAGAGGCCCCUCUGCUCACACAUCUGAAGAAGGUGGAGAACCACAUCACUGAAGCUCAGCGUUUCUCCCACCUGCCCCGUCGCUCUGCUGUCGACCUGGAGUUUAAUGAGCUGUCCUACACCAUUCGUGAGGGCCCCUGGUACCGCCGGAGAGGUUACAAGGCUCUUCUCAAAUGUCUUUCUGGAAGGUUCAGCAGUAGAGAGCUCAUUGGCAUUAUGGGCCCUUCUGGAGCUGGGAAGUCCACACUUAUGAAUAUCUUAGCUGGUUACAGGGAGACUGGUAUGAAGGGACAGAUCCUGGUGAAUGGUCGGCCCAGAGACCUGAGGACAUUUCGGAAGAUGUCCUGCUAUAUCAUGCAGGAUGACAUGCUGCUGCCCCACCUCACUGUGCGGGAGGCCAUGAUGGUUUCGGCUAAUCUGAAACUAAAUGAGAGUAUGCAGGUCAAAAAGGAACUUGUGGAUGAGAUCCUGACUGCUCUGGGUCUGCAGGAGUGUGCUCAGACACGCACCAACAACCUCUCUGGUGGACAGUGUAAACGACUGGCAAUAGCUCUGGAGCUGGUCAACAAUCCCCCAGUCAUGUUCUUUGAUGAGCCCACCAGUGGCCUGGACAGUGCGUCAUGCUUUCAGGUGGUGUCUCUCAUGAAGUCUCUGGCUCAGGGAGGAAGGACAAUCAUCUGCACCAUCCACCAGCCCAGUGCCAAGCUCUUUGAGAUGUUUGAUAAGUUGUACAUUCUUAGUCAGGGUCAGUGCAUCUUCAAGGGUACUGUCCCAUAUCUCAUCCCCUACCUGAAGAACCUCGGCCUCCACUGCCCCACAUAUCACAACCCAGCUGAUUUCAUUAUUGAGGUAGCAUCAGGGGAGUAUGGAGAUCUGAACCAAGUGCUGUUUGAAGCCGUUCAGGGCGGUCUCUGUUCUGAAGAUGGCAAGAAAAACUCCAGAGACAAGAAUGACCCUUCCUGUAACUCCCAGGUCCAUAGCGAGACUGGGACUUUGGAGAAACACAGCUUUGCCACCAGUACAUUCACACAGUUCUGUAUCCUCUUUAAGAGGACCUUCAUCACAAUAUGCAGGGACAUGGUUUUAACCCACCUUCGGGUGAUGUCCCAUCUGUCCAUUGGAGUGCUCAUUGGCCUACUCUAUCUCAAAAUUGGAAAUGAUGCGAGUAAAGUGUUCAACAACACUGGCUUCCUCUUCUUCUCUAUGCUGUUCCUAAUGUUUGCUGCCCUGAUGCCCACCGUCUUAACCUUUCCUCUGGAGAUGUCUGUGUUCAUGAGAGAACAUCUCAACUAUUGGUACAGCCUUAAAGCCUAUUACUUGGCCAAGACUAUGGCAGAUGUCCCGUUUCAGGUGAUAUGUCCCAUAAUGUACUGUAGUAUUGUGUACUGGAUGACGGAGCAGCCUCCAGAGGCAGGACGGUUCCUGCUCUUCAUGGCCUUGUCCACUUCUACAGCCCUGGUGGCCCAGUCCCUCGGGCUGCUCAUAGGUGCUGCCUCCACCUCACUACAGGUGGCAACUUUUGUGGGACCAGUCACAGCCAUACCCGUCCUCCUAUUUUCUGGUUUCUUUGUCAAUUUUGACACCAUUCCCAAAUAUCUGCAGUGGAGCUCUUAUGUAUCAUAUGUCAGGUAUGGGUUUGAAGGUGUGAUACUCUCCAUAUAUGGCAUGAACCGGUCGGACCUGGAGUGUCCUGGGAUGGUGUGUAAGUUCCAGAAACCUGAGGAGGUGCUGCAGCUGCUGGAUGUAGAGGAUGCUAAGCUCUAUGUAGACUUCAUGGUCCUGGGGGUUUUCUUCCUGGUCCUCAGACUGGCCACAUACCUGGUGCUGCGCUACAAAGUCAAGUCUGAGCGCUAAGACCUCCACAGGAAAACUCAUUCAUAUCAUUUGGAAGUGUGCAAGCAAAUACUAUAUUCCAGCCAAAUUCUCCGUCUACAAUGGACAACUGUAUGCAUCAAAUCAUCUGGACUUUGUCUUAUCAGUUUUGAGUGAAGGGAAAGUGAAAAUCAUCAAGCAAUGCAAGAACACAUGUUACCCUCCUGAAAUAAUAUGUAUCUCUGCGCCAUAUGUGACAAAAAAUCCGUAUAGUAAAAUGCAUGUCUCCUCAGAUUGUGAAGUUAUUGGGGUGGUGAUAACUUUAAAAGCCACACACCACAAGAGCUAAAUUUCUAUUGCAGUGCUGUUGAGCCAUGUCAUUUCAAUUCAAAUGCGUUUCAUAGAUUAAAUAUGCCGUCAACUACAUCGAAAAAGAUGCUACAAAUGCCCAGAAAAGUGUGGCAAGGCUUCUCUCUGCCCGGUCGGAUCAAAACAAAGGCGUUACAAUGAAACUGCCAGUGGACAACUUUGGUUCACCGUAGCUGUAAACAUAAUGGAAGUGUGUUUUAUCCUGGGUCUACUCUAAAAGGAGUGUGUAACUACCUUGAUCUGUAUUUGAAAGCCAUUGAUGAUGUGAAAAAGGACAAAAAUAAAACAGGAAUGCGGACAAUACUUCUGCAAUUGAAAGUGUUGCAGGAUGAACUUCAGGUCAAGUGCAAUAGUUCAGUGGAAUAAACGUUGGUGUUAUUAUAAUUAGGACACCUUGAACUGCUUGUUUCCACUCAGUGUAUGAUUCAUUAUCUCUCCAUAUUUGAAAGCCCAGUCUUUCAUCCCUCUUUCUCUCUGCUUUGCUGAUGUCUGACUGAUGUGUGUUGUUCAAACCAA